AGUAUAUCCUUGUAUGUAUAGUAUAUGUGUACCUUCCGCAGGAAGGUUUAGCCAAACAGUCUAUCACUGUUGUCUUGGACUAGGGAGGACUCGGUUUCCGGCGAUGGUUUCUUGUGCCAGCUACUAUUUUGAGCCACCUCUGAAAUUGCUUGGUGGAGAGUCUGCCAGUGGCCACCUUGCUAUGGUUACUGCUCAGCGCCUCCUUAGCCACAAGGAUCCAAAGUUCUCCCAAUUCAAACUCAAAGGGCUGGCUCUUCAUUUCGGCGUUUUCGACGUCUCAUGGACUCCUUCUAUGUUCAAUUUGAAACAAGAUCCUCCCCUCGUCAUCGGCCUUCAAUUCAUGGAUAAAUGCAGGGAAGCCAGUUCCCUGAUCCCGUCACAAACUUCAAAGACCCUUCCAUUUCCCCUCUCUACUUCAAUUUCUUUGACCUACCAGCCAAGACAAAGCAACCUCCGACCUUCUUCACCUAUGGAACAGAAGAUGUACUCUUCGACGACACGAUCUUCAUGAGCGCCAAAUGUCAGAUGGCUGGUGGGGAAGCCAUCGUCAAAAUCGCCCCCCGGCGCGCCGCAUGGUUAUUUCGAUAUGCCAAAGGGGAUGUACCCCGGCACAGAAGAAGUAAGGAAGGAGAUGUAUCAAUUUUUUAUGGAGAGGAUGUGAGUUAGUCACUUAACAGGGCCACAAAAUUAUUCCGCUGUAGGGAGGGAUGUGUUUUGCCUGCCAGAGUGAGAUUUAAUAUCAAGGCAAAAUAGAGAACUAAAAAAAUCCGAUGAGAUAUAACCCUUUUAUGCCCACAGACGUGUGGUUGUGUGAACUUUACAUCCAAGUACGGCAAGUUGAUUCUUCAGUCCGAUUCUAGAAUGCAAGCCUGCAACAGAUUUAUGCCGCAUUGAUUUAUUGAGGAGAUACAUGCCCAACCCAUUGAACUUCCUUAGAAGAGAAAAAUGACACUAGAGAAUAACGGUACUAAAUAAACGUCAAUUCCCCAAUUCCCCAAUUCCCAUCCCAAUUCCUUUUCCCAUUCCCGCUAGAAAGAUGCAACCGCCCACACGCAUGCACAUGGGCCAGGAAAAAAAAAAAAAACCACAAAAGGAGAUUUCAUGUAGAGCAUCAAGGCACAAAGAAGAAUAACCUGAACUUGGGCUAAUUCCGAGGAAAUAAUAAUACACAAGGGUGGGGUAGUAAUGAAAAGGACAAAAAGAAGAAAAAGACAAAGAAACAUGAAAAGGGAAAACAACAAAAGGAAAAACAACAAAAGGAAAAAGAAAGGACAUAUAGGAGAGCGUGAGAAAAGUUAAGGGCAAUGUUCCGGAUGGCGCUCUUUAUCAUCCGGCCGGGUACAUGAGUGCUGUCUCUAUGAUGUAGGAUUGAAAGAUAAACCGAUAGUCUUCCUGGGCCAUUUUAUUGGGUAUCGAAGUUCUUCUAUCAAAUUCAUCGCGAUGUAGCCCGGUAGAGUUUGGCAGAGUUGUUGAAUUUCAGUUGACAUGUGAAGUAUAUCUAGAGAGCUAUACUGGACAAGGACAGAGGAGGGGAUGGAGAUUUAGCGUGAGGAAAGGAAAAAGGAACAAGAAAAUAGUUGCGAUAGAAAACACAGUGAAAAGCUACAAAACAAAUGUUUAUUGCUGACGGCAGCCUGACGUACUGGUUUUAGAUUGAG